GUUCAUUCUAUCUCAAGAAUAAAGAAAACUGCGCCAAGCCCUGAAAUAUAACACUGAAGGAGUGUGCGCUGCGUCGUUCAAGAACGUUCGGCCGGCAAUGGGGGAGAAAGUAGAAGCAAGGGACUACAAUAAUUGCGACCAGGAGAGCUUCAUCAAGGGCGAACACCCUCGUUACCAGUCUUUCGGGGAGAAGUGCAGCCAUUUGGCCAAGAAGCAGAGGGCCAAGUUCUACAUCCUCCGCCGGUGCAUCGCCAUGCUCUUGUGCUGGCACGAGCAACAAUGAGUUCUAAAAUAUGCCACUUUAUUAGAUGUUAGUAACUUGUAUCAUUAAUAACUAUAUUAUGAGGUUUACUUGUUUGU